UUAGAGUGUCAGAGAGUUCGGGACAGUGUGCCAGCUUUGACUCGUGAUGCUUUCAAGGACGGGAACACCGGUGUUACACACAGCGUUGUAAAAUUGAAGAUGCUGAACCAUAAACUGACGGUAAUCAAUAUAAAAUCUGCAGAAUUAUAGAGCCACUCCAUGAAAAUAUACUAUUUCAAUCAUUUGUGCUGCAUAUUUGUGUUAAUGUACACAUACGUAUAUCUACACAAUUAGGGCUGCUCGAUUCUGACAAAAACCAUAAUCACGAUUAUAUGAUUGAUAACCUAUUGAUAAAACGAUUAUUUACUACCCAAGAUUUGACAUCUUCAGCUCAAGCAUUUACACGAAUUAAAACCUCUUUAAAACUUAGAAACUCUUUAUUCUUUGAAAAACAAUAAAUGGAAAAAAAAACUUUUGAACCUACCUUUUGUCCACCAAAGUGUGACCAAAUUAUUUAUUUUGAAGUCAUAUGCACUACUGAAAGGGACCAUGCAUCAAUUCUUCACCUCAUUUUCAGAGCUUUGGUUUAAUUUUGGUGAUGAUACUCACUAAACUGAAUGGCAGCUUUCACUGGUAUUUACCAUAGACUGUAUAUACUAUGGACAACUUGGUUCCGCCUUCUGCUAGUACACGGAUUUGAAGCCGAAAAGCUCUCAUUAAUUCUGCGUUUUUUCUCCACUUCCUGAAACCAACAUUGCGCAGUAGCAUUUUACGCAUUUGGCGGUAGAGUCGCAGAGAGUCACUGUGCUGAUGCUCGGCUCAAACAGCGUAUCCCCCGGGUGAGCUACGCAAUCUUUGUACACCCAUAGGCUGUAUCAAGUGUCAAUCAUGGAAAACAUGAACCCCCUAAUAACUUUUAAAAAUAGAGCUGUACAGAAAAAAGAGGACUUUAGCACAAACCAUUCUUACAGUAACUACAUGUCUACAUCGCAGGCAGGGAGAAAUAUUUAUAUUCUGUGUUCUAAAGUUUGUCCACAGCUCUAUAAGGAUGCCUAGAAGAGGCGGGAUUUAUGACCUAUACUGCAGCCUGUCACCAGAGGGUGCUGUUCUCGGGUUGGCUUCACCCAGCGAGGAGGCAGACUCUGUCCGUUCAAUACACACUCUGUGGUAUUUACCCUGUGUCAUAAAAUUGAAGGCUUUGAGCUUUUCUACUGCAGUGUUUCCAAGCGUUAAUAUAUUGUCCUUUAUAAUGUUAAGAAUUGAGCUUAUAUUUUAUUAUGAUUCAGAAUGAUGCCUUUCACUUAUUAGAACAGCAGCAAUUUGCUGGUUAGCCCUUGUGAUCACUACAGCCUCCCUCUCAUCGUGUUCAUUCUGUCCCUUGGCUUUUCAGGCACACACAGAUACUCACACCUGCCUCCUCCUGUUCCCCUUCCUGCUCUCCUCUCUCCACCUGUGGCUGCCUGAUAGAUUGCACCACUGUUGCAAUGUGUGAAGAUAAGAUGGUCCAUCAUUAAUCUUAGUGGGAGCCACAACUUCAGUGUGCUCCAAACUUUGUUUCACAUUGAUCCUUAUUGAGCUAAUGAGUCCAUGCUCUGCUUUUAAAGAGGAGAGAGAGGAUGCAUUUAAUGUAUGGAAGCAACAGGAGCAACAAAGCAGAGGGCACAAUAAUUGUUCAGUCUUGAUGAUCAUAUCUUUAUGACUGUGUGAAGGCAAAAUCAUAAUUAAAAUUAAAAAGGGAUCAGUUGCUCAGCCAUAUAGCCUAUAUAAAUAAAGUUGAGUUGAGUAUUAUAGGAAAUCUAUAGUAGUUUAAUUGUGGUAGCAACUGCCUGCCAGGCUGCUUUCAGUAAAGCCUCUCCAAGAGGACACUGAAAGUGGUUCACACUGUUUACACUGUAUAUAUUACAUCAUGUAUUGUAAUGUAUAGCAUCUUAAAAAUUGUGACAUGGCAGGUAGAGUCGCUGGACUGGUUCACACUGUUGACACUGUAUAUAUUACAUCAUGUAUUGUAAUGUAUAGUAUCUUAAAAAUUGUGACAUGGCAGGUAGAGUCGCUGGACUGAUGUCACACCCUGUCCGCUAAUUAAAAAAGGCAUUGAACUCAUUGAUAAAGUGUUGAAGUUCCCACAAGUCGGUACAGUCCAAAGCAGAAAGACUGUGUUGUGAUCUUUUGUGUUUUUGUUUUUUAAAAUUUUCUUUUACCUUUCCCCCUAUCCUCCUAUUCUCUACCAAUCCAGUAAGUAAGGAAGAGCAUCUAUUUGUAAUACGAGCUGUCAAUCAGUAGCUGUUUUAUAAAAAAAAAAAAAAGAUUUGAACUAAAUUAACACUUGGACAUGAAGUGGCCUGAUAAGAACUGACUAACAGAAAUCGUGUUUGAGUCAGAUUUAUUUGACAUGUAUUUUAAUUUUAUCGUUUGGACCAUGUUCCGUUUGUUAACAUGAGAGAGGCAGGGUAUGACCAAUAUUGUUGCCAGUCAGUAGGGAGUGAUCUGAGCUCCACAGUGUAGUGUCAAUUUUUAUAUACAGUGCACCUUAUCCUAAAACAGCAUAUUCAAUAGAAUCACACUACAUUUUGUUGGUCGGCAUAUUGUUAUCUCUUACAGUAUCAUAUUGUACUGCACAGUAUCUUGCGUUAUCACAGCUUUCGACAUUGUAAUAUAGUAUCUUUGUAUGGUAAAUGUACUCUGUCGUCUUCUGAGCACUUUCGCAUUACAAAUCACAUUCACCCAUUCACACCACAUUCAUACAUUGAUGGCAGAGCACUCAUCAGUACUAACUAACCUCAAUUACACACCACUGGGCCCAGCCGGCGGAGGAGUUUUGGGGUCAAGCGUCUCGCCCAGGGACACUCCCGCAUGUGGACAGUAGGACUUGAGGUCGAACCCCGACCCUCUGAUUGAGAGAAGAGCGAUUCCACCACCAAGCCACAGACGCCCUGCAAAGAGUGAAAUAUUUGAUCAUGUAUCACGUGAUAUUCAGUCAUAUUCUAUGGUACCAAUUAUAAUGCAAUCUAGUCAUAUUUUACUCAGUAGAACCGACAUAAAUGCUCGACUGCACCCUCAGUGGUCAUGUUGAGUUGUUCAUUUUUCAUGUACGCUCCACUGAGUUUGAUAUGACAAUAUAACAUAGCUCUUACAGUAAGUAAAGCCCCUGGAUUUUAGUUGCAGUCUCAGCAUGGUGAACCACUUUCUUUCCUUCGAUGCCCACAAACAACGACCACAGAGUUUUUGCUAUUGACGAGCACCACACAGAGAUUACACAAUACUGUUACAAUAAUUGCAUAACCUAACACAGGCUCCCAGAGAUAAGUAGGCCCUUUAGAUGAAGUGUGAGACAGUGACUGCCUGUGUGCCUGCUAUGUCAGAUCCAAACGCCUCUGAAACCUGCAAGAGGUUCCCAGAGAAAAAGAGGGAAGGAAAGAAGCAGUGAUGGACUGAUGCAAGCAUGGGGACAUUCAGCUUUUCAGUAUUCACAUCAUUAAAGCCUGCAUACUGUACCGUCUCUAUGAGAAAGACUCGCUCCACUGCAGAAAUGACUACCAGCAAGGUCUUUGAUGUUUUACAUACCAUCCAUCUGAUUCCUUGUUCUCAAAUUUCAAAAACUAAUUCGUAAUAGCUCAAUGUUUAAAUACUUCACAUUCAGGAACAACAAAUAACAAAUAAUGUAGCCCUCUGAUGUAUUUCUUUAACUAAGUUUAAACACCGAGAAAUGAAUUUGACACUAGUUUUGCAUCAUAUUCAUUACAAAGGAUACUGAAAAGGUUUGUUAACAAUGCAAAAGCAUACACAGAAAUUUCAAAAGCAUGCAAGGACACGCACACACACACAAACAAAAAAAAGAGAGGCAUCUAUUCAAGUCACUGAAUUUGAUGAUUCAUAGAAUCAGUGACCUAAGGCUUGGGACACUCUCUGCUUUUGAUUUGGAGUUAGGAGACAAACCCCCCUCAAGCCAUAAGACUCCAUUUACUACUGCUGGAGAGCCGAGGAGCACUUAGCUUAAUGUACGGGACAGUAGAGUGACCCUUAUACACACACAAACACACACACAGUCCACUGUGCAUGCAUACCAAUGCUCUCUCUUUCUUCCACAAGUCUUUCUGUGGUAACACACAAAAGAUGCUCAUGAAUAAGAGCCUUUUUAUCCAAGGGAAAAUACAAUUAAUACUGUAUUCUCAUUUUGUGGAGCUUACAGGUUCAACACUGACAUGUGUAAAGAGUAGCUGUCAAAUUGAUUAAUUCCUAUGUCACACUCCGUGAAUGUAGCCUGAUAUUGGUUGUAAGUGACAGUGUUAUAAUCCCAUACAGUCCUGCUGCCAAAGCAAUUCAUGGCCCUGUUUAUCCGAUUUAUUUUCCCUGUAAAUUGUGCAGCUUGUAAUGUGUAUCAGUGAUGUAUACAUAUGAAUGUCAUGCAUUUUCUUCUUUUUAACAAAUUUUGAAAUAAUUCAUACAGUACAAAUGUUGCACGACACUUGUUUCUAUUAAUAUAUUGCAGAAGACAAACUACAAUGAAAACGAAAUGAUAACAAUUACUUUGAUAUAGCUAUAGUUUGUCCCACUGACUUGGGAUAGAAAAUGGACGUUACUCAUGCUGGGCCAGACCUCUUUGAGAAAUGACUGGCGAGGUGGAGGUGGACUGGAACAACUGUCUGCUGCUUAUCGUCAUCCAGAUUAUAAGAAAAGGAUGUGGACACUAAGGGUAAUUGUUUUUGCUUUGAGGAUAUAGAAGCUCAGGCUAACUGAUUUAGUCCCUGUCUUCUUUUACAGGCCCUUAUGCUCAUCUGCACUUAUAUAGUCGACCACGCUGUUUGGUAUGUAUGUAUGUAGAUUUUGCAUACAUCUUUCUAGAAGGAUGUGUCAUGACAUGAUGAUUGUUGCCUGGUGCCUUUUUGUAAAUAUUAUAUCUAAAAACAAUGCAGCUAUGGUGUGUGUACAAGUGCCAGCACAUUUGGUCCCCAGCAUUCUGAAAGCAAAACAAAAGGACGCUGGUGUCACAGAUACAGAGAUGUGAUGGAUUAGCGUGUCCCAAGGGGGAAGUCCAGCUCCAUCAAAAUGUAAUGAAAACUAAUUUGAAAACAGCAGGCAGCUGCGAAUAACUGGAAGAUGAGUUCUGGCAACAUUACAUUCACAGAGAGGUCAUCAUUGUCUGGUAUGAGAGAAAAAUGGGUUGAUAACAUUACGAUUGAUGAUAGCACAUUAGUUGUUGUCUACAGGAGUUAUGGCUGUCUGUUAAUACGCCUGACUUAAAAUCGAUCAGGGGCAGAAAGAAUUUUACGCCGAGUUUGUAAUCUGGUUUCACAAUUGUAAUGCAAGAAAUGGAAAUCGCAUACGGAAGACAAGAGCAUAGGACCUGAAAAUAUAAGAGGAAUACAUUACAGACCGGAAAACCUACUGUAAGAAAAAAGUUCCUCAACAAAGUCAGCCUGUAUAAGCACAAAACAUUAUUUCCUAAUUUCUGCUCUGUCUACCAUUGCAAAGUCCUGAAUAGUCUAACGUACCUGAGCUAAAAUACCAGAGGGUAGAAAGUCAAAUGGAUUGUGAUUAUUGUCCUGGAACAGAUUGAACAAGCUAUGAGAGAAGAAUGUGAGCUGAAUCCCAUUUUGACACACAAGCACAGGUGCAUUUCUUUUGCUGUAAGGAAGGUGAAAUUUACAAAAGGGGCUUAUAAAAAUAUAUUACUUUAGUCUUAAAAAAAACACGUUUUACAGAGUACAUCUAUCUUUAUCUGUUGCCUCAUCUUAAACCGAUUUUUAUGUUAAUGUUUAUUACUCUAUUUAUGGUUGCAUUAUGUUGGUCUGAGGUGAAAUGUGUCGCAUAUAAUCUGUAUAACAUAUGUGAGGAAAAUAGUGAGUAUUUUACAAACAUACAAACUGAAAUUUAAUCUGACGAAAGAUGUCCAACCAGCCCUUGCUGAAAUGGUUUAAAUAAAAGUUAAGAUGCAGUUAACAUCAGUGGUCCGAUGAAAAAUCAGAGAAACUGACAGGACAAGCUGGGGUGACAAAAAAUCAGCCUAACAGAGAAAAAUGUGAUGAACACAUCACCAAAACCUCCCAAAGCAUGUGAUUCAUCUGCUCUGAAACCGAGUAAGUAAUCUGAGGGAGCUACACUUUCUGUCAUUCAACAGGAAACCUCCAUUCCCCACAGAGCAGUAAGGAUUAUCCUCUGUGCCUCAUGCUUCUGCUACGGAUUCAUGCUUACAUCAACUGUCAGGACAUGUAAUAAUGAAAUCUGUGUGUGCAUGUGUAUGUGUGGUAGAGAGUGUCAAUGCAAGUCCUUGCUGACAAGUCACCAGUAUUUAUUCAAGAUAUGUAUUUAAUGUAAAAUCUCUAUCAUACAUGUUUUGACCUCUUGAAUAUCAUGUCAGUCAUCAACACUUUGAGACUAGUGUAUUAAACGUCUGCUGUUAUUCUAUUCUUAGCAUACUGUCACCAGUGUCACUUCCCUGAAUAACCCCAUUUCAAGGCCAAUGUCCUUCUCAAACAAUGCUGAGUGUACACCUUCGGACAGUGACGUACUCUCAGCACUUAGCCAGGUGGUGAGGAGGCUCCAGUCCAGCAGUACUGCCUGCAGCUCUGCCACGACUGAGAGGGACCAUAUGUCUCCUCUCUAGAGAGUCUGUCCCAUCUGAGGGCUGCCAAGCCCUUAGGCCUCUCCCACAUAUGUGACUUAAUACUGUUAAGCACUGCAUGACUUCAGGGGGUUCAGUAUUUUUUGUACUUAAGUGUGUAUUUGCCUUAUGAACAAAAGAGGCAUGGCCACGGGGAGGUUCACAGGAUGGUGGUAUUCCCCAAAGACUUAUACCUUCUUUAGAAGACAGGUAAGGUUUGUGUCUGGUAACAGUGUUAAUCAGCUUAUCCUUUUCAAGCAUGUCAGGCUAUUCGUGAAACACGCCUGUCUUUCUGAAUGGGUGUAGUUUUUUUUUUUAUUUAAAAAAAAAAAAAUUCAGAGCUUAAAUGUAAAUAUGUGAGAGAAAAAAUAUCUCUGUGAAAUGUUACGUUGUGUUCAGACUCUUUAGCAGGGUCUUCUUAAAAAAAUUAUUUUAUUUGCUGAUCUAUCUAUCUAUCUAUCUAUCUAUCUAUCUAUCUAUCUAUCUAUCUAUCUAUCUAUCUUGUGAGAAUCUCAGACAACAACAAGAGCUUUGUCAUGUAUUUUGCUGAGGAGAGGCAUGCUGUGGUCGGCUCGGCUUACGCUGUCAAUGGAUGAUCCUCAAGUUGUUCCGUUUACAGUUACCACGGAAACACUCUACCCAAUCAGGGCCGAUUUAGAACGGCGCUGGGGAAACAGCAGCCAAUCAUAGAGUGUUUUGUUUUAGAGUGGGCUAGUUUGAAACAGCAGGGCAAGCGUUUUCCAACUGACGGAAUAACUCCAGAAGCUCACCAAGAACUAUCUGUCUAAAAAAAGGUAGAGACUAAAGAAAGCAACUUCGAUGUGACUUUUUUUUAUCUGUGUUUAAAUUAGGUAUGUCAUUUCGUAGCUCGAAACACAGUAUAGAUAAUGGAAAACAACAACAGGAAGCGUGAAUCCCUGCAAACACAAAUCACGGAGGCUUCAGUUACUGUAGGGAAAUCUACAAAAAAGACAAACACUUUUUUAGAGGCUUGUGUGGUGUGUUUAGCUAGUAGACACGAAUUUGUAUUGGUACUAAAAGGGACAAUACAAUUUUGCUCGCCUAGCCACAUCCCUUGUGUUUAGUUUUUACAGAAGUUAGUCAAUUUCAUAAACUAAAUGUAAAAUAAAACGUGCUGCAACAGGUGAUAGGCUGCUACAUGACGACGAGCAAAAAGUAGUACUGCUGUUGUUGACUGUAUUGACUUAAAACCACCCUACAUGACUUCUAUGUCAGGUUUACACGUGGCCUAGCUUUGUGUACUGGUGAUACAGAAUUUUGCAGACAGUCAUUGCUUAAUCUAACGCAUUUCUUACCAUGGUUACUGUAGAUGUCGUCGGAUGAAGAGGAGCCAACCAGCCCUGUUCUGCCGAAGGACUCUGACCGGGGCAGCUCUGUCUCCUCUGAGCUCCAGGUAAUGACAGAGACGUUUGUGACACGUCUUUAGCUCAAAUCUAUAAAUGCAAACACACAACAGACAAGUUUCACAAACACCAAGUUUCAGUUGAUAAUCUAAACUACUGAUUGGAAAUCAAUAACAAAAGAAAUCACAGCCCACUGAACAGUUACAAUAUCCAUGGACUUGCUUCUGUUGCUCUGUGUAAUGGAUUUACUUGAAAACUCACCAAGCUUCUUCUUCUUCUUCUUCUUCUUCUUCUUCUUCUCUUAUGGAUUGCUUAUGGACUUUUUAAUGACGUGUCAAAGGAUGUCCACACCAAAAACAAAACAACAUCUGUGUCUUGAACCUGUACUUAUUCAUACAUAUGUUUUCAAUUUAAUAAAACUUUAAAUGACAAAAAAUAAAUUAAUAAAUCAUUGAGCUAUCAAAAUAUAUAUCAUAGAGCUUCACGCUUUGAGUGUGACAGUCACACAAUAUGACCUAUUCUCACACCACGCUUGACAUUUCCCACGCUUAUAUUCACCCAUUCAAUACUCUGUUUUAUUUUUUUCAUGAUAAUAAACUUUGCUUGCCGUUGUUCGAGUAACCAUGAUUGACUGACAGAGAUAACCAAUCCCAGACCAAUCCAUCAGCCCUUCUAAAUCGUCUUUAAUGCUUUUUACCCCCUGAACUGCUUUUUCAGUAAAUGUAUUUUGUUUUAUGUUAUGAUGUAUGGCAGUGUUUUAAAUGCCUGUGCCUGCUGCAAUCCGAUUUGCCCAUUUUGGGACAUAAUAAAGUUGAAGUGAAGUGAAACACCGAAGGCACCACGCAAUAUAAACCAAUCAGUAGAAACGUAAGGCAGGUCUUGGCGUUUCUGUCAUCAAGGCAUCAAAAUCUGCUACAAACUCCACAAGACAUGUCCCCAGCUAAAUGACGGAGAGUUGGUUGAAAUGCAAUACUGACAAAUAAAUGUAUUUUGUGAACAUUCUUGUUACAAUUUUCAUUUCUAAUUUCUGGUGAAUUGAGACUAGCAUUAGGAGGCCACAGUGCAGGGAGAGCAGCUGGCAUGGAGGUGAGGGCAUCAGUCUUCAUGUAUAAAUCGACGUUAAAAAGGCCAAAUUUUUCGAUGAAUACAUCAUAACGCUAAAGUCUCACUCUUGUCAUUUUCUGAAACUUGGCAGCCCUGAUAUCAUAAGACACUUUUCAACUCUUCAUCAACAGGAUGAGUAUGAGGAGCUUCUCCGUUAUGCUGUGGUCACCCCAAAGCUCGAGACGUUUACAGCUGCUCACAUACAGCAGCUGAGCACCUCACAUCUGUCUGCAGAUGGUCGGACUUCCCAGAGAAAAGAAGAACCCAAAUCCCAGCGCCCAGCAGGUAUCUCCGUUUUCUAAUGAGUGCAGAACACAGUCAUUCACACAUAUUUCCUUAAGCUUCUCUGACAGAGACAUAUCUUGAGCUCUAACAGACACUGCCCUCGUCAAAAGAUCAGCUGUCAAGACGGAUUUGGCAUCACAACAUGAAAAAAUUGUAGUCUUUUACCAGCCUCAUAUUCUCAUCUUGUAAACCAGUCUAGUCAUGAUGGAUACGAUACCAGUCUGUCAGAUCAUUGUUCCUAUCUCUUUCCACUGUGAUACCCACAUCUUAAACAGUCCAUCAGCCCCCCUACCCCCCCAGCUCCAGCUCCAGCUGCAGCUCUCAUCAGAGGUUUAGUGCUUUAACUGUCAUGGAGUAGUGCACAGGGAUGUAGAGAGCAGACAGACGCGAUUGGUAAUGAUCUCCUGGCUCUCUGCCCAUACUGCUCUUUAGAGUGCAGCCUUUCUCCACCCCCCUUGCAGGAUUUAAUUAAGAUAUUGACACAAAUGCAUUCCUGGACAAGGAGCCGUGCUUCUCUUAUUCAGCAUUCUUCCCAUCACCUUUUCUCUUCUUAACUGUCUUUGGUUUUUGGCCUUCCUUUCACUGCUUACCCUUUUGAUUCUUCUCUACUCUUGUGGUUUAAAACUGCAAAAUACACUAGUUUCCUUUUUAUUGUCUCUGUGCCUCUCUGUUGUCUGUCCUAUCCUCCUUAAGAUGCUGCCACUGAAACUAAGGAUGGAAGGCUUUCUGUUAGGAGUGUGAGAUCAUCACCUGCCUCCCCUGUGAUUGUUGAGCCCCCCACACACUCAGGAGCCUCUCAUGGUAAACUACAUCCAACAUACAGUUACGCUAAAUGGUUUGGCCUUUAAAAAGCUUAUAUUAAAUUAUUGUAUUCAUUUGUAAAACUGCUUCAUUAUCUAAAUAGUUUCAUUUUUUAUUCUUUUCACUCCAGCUGAGGAGACGGAGGGUCGAUCAUCUGGCAGGGCGUCAGUGCUCUCAAACACUCUCUCAGACAGGUUACAGACACCAUCUGAUCUGGAUCAAACAGCCCAGACCCCCCUCGAGGCCACUGUGACAGAGCUUUUUAUCUCAGAGGAGAACAUUUGCAAGAUGGAGAACAUUCUGGAAAUGUGGAGCCAGAACCUGAAAGUUAGUCUACUUCCUCAUCCUGUCCUCUCCUGGUUUUUCAUUUUACGUCUUAGAAUUGCUUUUCUUAGAGCUGACCACUGAUACCGUCUUGUGACUAUAAGGAGAACUGAUUUUUUACUUAAGAAUAUUCACAGUUAUGAAAAAGAUGUCUUGUGUUUUGAGUAGUUUUCAGCAAACAGGGAGAAAUGUUGAUUGAAAACUUGAAAUAGAGAAACUGCAUUGGCUAUCUAGUGCUAAGAGUGUGUUAAACUGCUCAGAUUGGUGGUACGGUCUACUGUCGAACACCGUAAUAAUUCAACAUUUUUGCUGUCUGCGGCAUGCCUGUUUUCAGAUCAGUUUUCAGAAAGUUACAAGCGACUCAACUGCACAGUCUGUUUUUUAAGAAAGAAAUCAAUGUAAGGAGGCAUUUAAAAUGAGAGUAAUUAAACACAAGAAGUACUGCAGAUAAUGUUAAUGGGUAUUGGUGAGGAGGAAGUCAGAUUAUGAAGAUGUAAAAGGUAUGAGUCUAAGAAAGACCCAUUGAAUAGGCUGACAGCUCCACUCUUCAAGGUUACAAGUGACCUUUUAAUCAUGUGUCUGAUCCUGGAGGGGUGAGUGCCUGGACAUGGAUGUCUUUCCUGCCCUUUUCUUCUUAAGUUGCUCUGCUCACUCAUGGAGGGCAGAUGGCAACCAAUCAACUGCAUAGUGUGUCUUAUAAAGAGUAUCUUUAAAAAGACAGUGAGGUCCUACAUAUUGUAGCAGAGGAAUAAUUCAGACAGUCACGUUUAUGGCUGGUUAUGUUUAUUCCAUUACUUUUAAUUGCUACUGUUGGAUUAAAACAACAAAAGAAAACUAGAGUGGUGUCUGCUGAGUCUCUAUACUUUGCCUUUUACUAAGGAAACCCUUGAUUACACCUGUAGUUCACUGAUUUUUGGAAGUGAUUAAAGAUGUUUAUACACCUGUCCAUAUUUACCUAACCUGAUCACACUGUGAAUGUCCCACCCACUAUCUCCUCAUUAGACAAACGUUCUGACAGAGCUCAGGAAGUGGAAGCUGGCAUUCAAAGAGCAACACAAGCUGGAAAUGAGGAAAGAGAAGGAGAGGCAUGCAGCCGAGACAGCUGGCCUAAAGUCAGAGCUAGAAAGUCUGAAGGGGCUGCUACAAACCUACGAGACCUCCAACCAGAGAAAAGAUGAGGUGAGUACAUGUGGCUUUAUUCCCUUCCUCCAGAAUGUGAAAGUUUCCAGACUUAGAAAAGGAUUUUUAUUGAUUUAUUGUAAGACUUGCAGUCGGGUUUUAUCUAAGUUUUAACCAUCAAGCUCAUAUGUGUACCUUCACGUACCUUUCUUACAUUUAUGUUCAUUUAGGUGAUUGCAAACCUGAGCCAGGUGUUGGACAGACAGAAAGAAAGGCUUGAAAAGAUGAGGGCUUUCACUCAUUGGAGACUCCAGCACGCUGAGGCUAAAGAAGAGGUAAACUGAUAAUAAUGUGGUGUUUCAACAUGAAAACCUAUUUGCUGUGGGAUUUACAAAGGGAGUGGGAGGGUGUCACAGGCUCCUGUAUGGGUGAGGGAAGGCUGUUAUGACAUAAAGCUUUCAACUCAACCAUCUUGUGUAACACACUCUUGUCUCUCUGUCCAAUUUUUUGAACUAAGAUAAUUCUCACAGAUUGUGUAAGUUUGGUCAACGGGGAAGGAAAGGCUUUUUAAAUGUGAUUUCUCUCUGUGAAGUUAACAAUGUUAGAUUACUGUCACUCUAGUGCAAAGGUUUAUGCAAAUCAUCAGUCUCUGCUUGAGGCACUGAACCAUAAGUCAGAAUGUCACUACUCACUGAACAUGCACAUGUUCACAUAAUAACACAAAAUAUCUCCACCUACAAAAGUCUCAUGUGAAAUCUGGUCAUUUUCAUGCUGUACUGCAGACCAAAAAAAACUGCAAUACUGAUGUAUUCUUAAAAAUUUAUGUGAAGGCCUCCACAAUCACAAAAAGGCUGUUAUUGCCAUUUUCAUACAACUGAGACAUUUGUAGAUGGCACGCAUUUCUGUCUAAAUAAUGACGAAGGACUAUCACAAGAGGAAAUACACAUCACCUCCACAAGAAAGAGCCAUGGGUGUAAUCAUUUUUCGUGAUUUUCAUGCUCUUGUGGCUUCCUCGCAGGCUCAUGCCGCUCAAGCAGCACGGCAGCACUACAAUAUGCAGCUGAAGAAGAAGGUGUGGUUGGGUUGGCACUCUUUGGUCCAAAAACACUGGAAGGUAAAACUGGAGCGAGCCUGCCGUGCAAGGGCUGAGGAGGUCUGCACCCACCUGUCGUCCGAAUACGAGGCAAAGCUGGCAGAGGUGAAUAAGAGAACUAAUGCAUUAACUUUAAAAUUUAGUGACAAGGAAUAAAGUGAAAUAGAGAAAACUGUCUUGUAUUAAUAAUGUAACUCAAAGGCCCAAGAUAGACAGACAGAUAAUAAAUAAGAGUCGUUGUCAGCAUGCUGUAAACUGAUGAGAAGACCGAUUCUCUUCAUACUGUCUCCGCAGCAUUGUGAUGCUAUUGAGAAGGCCCAGGCUGAGAUUCAGAGGCUCCAACUUGAGCGGGAGCGCUAUGAGGAAUCCAUGAAAAAAGCCUUCAUGAGGGGUGUCUGCGCUCUCAACAUUGAGGCUCUUGGCAUGUUCCACUCUUCAGAAGGACGACAACAGCAGCCCCCACUUCACGAUCAGCAUGGUUUGUAACAGAAUUACUAUCACCCUAUUUUUAGUGACUACCAUUUUGAAUCAAGAAGAUCAUAACACCCUGCGCUGGUUCCAGCUCCUCUUGUCCCCCUGACUACAAAAAUAGACCCCUGCUCUAUAAAACAAACCACAAAGGCAUUGUAAGCCUUGUGUCUGUGCUGCAUUGAUUUAAAGCAGCCGUUACGACUGAAACACCAUUUCUCCAUGGAGUGCCACGGUGAGUCAUUGACAACUGUGUAGAUUUAUGAAUCAAUGAGGUAGAAAGAGACUUUGUUGUUUUCUUGAAGUCACUCACUGGCUCACCUGAUGAGGGGAUGAUUCUGGAUGUGCAGACUGAGGUGGACUCCUUAACUGGCUGUAGAUAUGGAAUAGUCAGAUAAAAGUAUUUACAACAAUGAAGACCAGGUGAAGUCACUGCAGCCAAUUUAAGAAGCAGCAUCAGGACAGCAGCUCCGUAUUAUAUGGGGCAUUUUACACCAGAUUCACCUUAAUUCUUUGAUAUCAUUGCAGCUCGCACUAAAAUUUACUCCUUGUCAACAGAAUGUCACACAAAAAGCCCAGCUUUGUCAAAUAAGCUGACAGCUCUUCUGUGCUGAAACGCUUUUAUGUUCCUGCUGAAGCUGGUAGGACACUAAUUUAUACAUGUACAAAAGCUUUGUAGCGUGGUUUUCUGCUUAUCCUUCAGUUUUUUGAGUUUAUUACCUGUUUACCUCAGUGUUUUCCCAGAAAUAAUGGUCAUCCAUCUCCUUCUUUACAUUAUCAGUAAUUCAAACAAGUGAGCCAGAUUUCUUUGAAUUUAUUAUUGUUUUUGUUUUGUUUUUUUAAGUUAAACCAUUCCACAGAAAGACUAUUUCAAAUAGGUUAGAUAUUUAUUUACAAGAUGCCACUUCAAUGUUCAGUAAUUCAAUACAUUAUUUUUGUCACGUUCAUAAAUAUUUACCAAGAAUGUCUUAAGAAUUGUUUCUCAUAUUUUUGCUUUCAUUCUAGUUCCACGAGAUGAACCUCCAUCACCGGCUCAACCGCCACCUCGUUCUGCCUCCUCUGCACAAUUCAGCCCCGUCCACUUGGACCCAUCCCACAGUGAAGUGGAAGAUGUGGUGAGAUACUUAAAAAUUCAGACAAAGAGUAACAUGAAUUUAUAAACCGCAGUUCUUUAUUGUCAUAGUUUAAUUACUUCUGAAGGUGUCUGGCAGGGUUAACUAAUCUAUCACUCAAAGAAUUUUGAAUGUCUUGUUUCAUCUUUCAAACUUUGUUGUUUUGUUUGAGUCUAUUUUUACAUUUUGAAACAACACUAUACUGUUCUCAUGUAGAUGCCACAAAGGCACACACAGUUCUGUAUUAGCUUGAAUCUCUCUGUUUUGACUGGCCGUACUACGACUAAGCUUCUGUCAACCUCUAUCUUGCUCCCGUUUCCCCUGACUCUCUGCUCCCAAGGUGGGCUCUGGUGCUUCUGUGUCCAGAGAGGACGUACUCCCUCCUACAACUGUUGUCCACAGCUCAUUGCCACUUGGUGGCACUGCAACUACCCAUAAACAGGUUAGCACCUAUUGAUCCACUGACUUUGGUUGAAGAUGAAUGAUAAUACAGUUGCUAUAGCAGCUCUAUGUGACUACGAUGGAAUUCAUUAAAUAAUGGUUUCAGUGAGUCGAAUAAAGUCACCAAAUAAGCUGUACUAUACAUCAGCCACUCCUCACUGAAUUAUCUCCUUUUUUUACAACAUAUCUCUCAGGUCAGUGGUCGUGUUGUUAUAUCCGGUCAACAAAAACCCUCCAAGAUUGUCACAGCUCGCAUCACUGCACAUGCUGAUGUUGCUAAGGCAGCACGCCGUAACCUCCAGGUGAUGGGUGUGGCUCCACCCAUGAGCUCAGUAAUAGUUGAACGCCAUCACCCUGUCACACAGGUAUGGAAAAGAGUACAUUACUGCUGUCACUCUCUCUCUGACGUAUUACUGUAUGUCCAAUUGUUAUCAUGCAUGUACUCAGAGUUAUCCAAGCUGAGAAAUAACUGUUCCUCUAUCAUUCCUACAGCUCACAGUCGGUCAGGCUACUGCAGCAAAGUUUCCACGCUCAUCCAAACAUGGCCACAGCUCCACCAAGGGCAGGAGCUCCUCAAAAACGCACACUAGCACAUGCCAUAUUCAUUCCAUCAAAGUGGUCGACUGACCAGACACACUUAUCUCUGAGGAAGGUUUCUCUUGUCUGGAUAUUAAAGAAUUUUAACAAUCUGCCAUUAUUUUCUAGAUUUUAAAUAAUUGUUUCAUUGGUAUCAUUCAGCACCCUUGUGCAGUUUCUUAAGCAACAAGAUUUUUCUCAGGAAAGCACUACACACAGGUAGAGCUGCAUAUCUGAAUGUUUUUGAUUAUUAGCUGCAGAAUACAAAUGUAUCUCAGUUAAAUAGUUUUAAAUUAUGCACAACUGUUGAGUGAACUUAAAUGUGUAAAUAUGACAUGUUUAAAUGCAUGUUUUUAUUUUAAUUGACUGACCGUCCAACACCACAGAUUAUUUGCAUUAUUUAACCAGCCAAAGCCAAAUGUAAAUCAUCUGAUGGACUUUUUAUUUUUCAAAUAAAUUAUUUUACAAGUGACUUUAGUUAUAUAAA